GCUUGCGAUGGUGGUCCAGCUGUAGCAGCAUGCAUCAAUGGUCUUUGCGGACAAGGAUUUUUCUGUAGCCGAGGAGGAUUCUGUUGCAGAUGCCAGUCCGGCAACUCAACCGGUUAGACAUCCACUCAUAUGUCACUCAUGGGAUAGGAACGAAUGCGAAAGUUCCAUCGAAACUUCCAUUGAUCAAAUUCCGUAG